GUGACUUCUCGAACACUCCCUUCUUUCGACUCUGUGAUCCUCUGUGAUCCUGUCUUGGCUGGUGCUUCUGUUAAUCCAGUCCUCACCCUCCCCAUACCCCUCGACUCCUGAACCAACCGCCAAGAUGGUCGAAGACAAGAAGUCCGACGACUACACCGUCGAGAUGAACAAGCUCGAUCAAGGGAAACAGUUUGAGGCUGCGCCGCCGCCAACUCCCUCGCCCCGCACUGUCCCCAGCGCCAUGUCCAACAGCCCAGUCCUUCCCGUCCUGGCAUACUGCGGAUCUUCUAUUAUGAUGACUGUGAUGAACAAGUAUGUUCUGUCGGGUCUGGACUUUAACCUGAACUUCCUCUUGCUCUGUGUUCAGUCUUUGGUCUGCAUUGUUGCGAUCCAGACGUGCAAGUCUAUGGGUCUCAUCACCUACCGCGACUUCAGUGCCGAUGAGGCGCGCAAGUGGUUCCCGAUUACGCUCCUCCUGAUCGGCAUGAUCUACACUGGCUCCAAGGCUCUCCAAUUCCUCUCGAUUCCCGUUUAUACUAUCUUCAAGAACUUGACCAUUAUCCUUAUCGCCUAUGGUGAGGUCCUCUGGUUCGGUGGCUCCGUCACUAGCCUGACCCUGUUCUCCUUCGGUCUCAUGGUCGUCAGCUCGCUCAUUGCCGCCUGGGCUGAUAUCAAGCACGCCGUGGAGAGCACUGGUGACACCUCCAGCAAGGUCUCGACCCUGAACGCUGGAUACGUCUGGAUGUUGAUCAACUGCCUGUGCACCUCGUCUUACGUCCUGGGCAUGCGCAAGCGCAUCAAGCUGACCAAUUUUAAGGACUUUGACACCAUGUUCUACAACAACCUCUUGUCCAUCCCCGUUCUGAUCGUUCUCACCCUCCUGGUCGAGGACUGGUCCUCCGCCAACCUGGCCCGCAACUUCCCCGAGGCCAACCGCGACGGCAUCUUCUUCGCCAUGGUCCUAUCCGGAGCCUCGUCCGUCUUCAUUUCGUAUACCUCCGCCUGGUGUGUCCGUGUGACCUCGUCUACCACCUACUCGAUGGUUGGUGCGCUCAACAAGCUGCCCAUCGCGGUGUCAGGUCUCGUUUUCUUCGAUGCGCCAGUUACCUUCCCCAGUGUCUCCGCCAUUGCUAUUGGCUUCAUCAGUGGUAUCGUCUACGCUGUUGCCAAGAUCAAGCAGAACGCCAAGCCCAAGACCGGUGUCCUCCCUACACCAGUCAGCGCCAGCAGCCAGAGCAUGAGAGACUCGCUGCGCUCUUAAGCUGCAUUUGGCACUAUGUAUCUGACUGGUCAGCGCAUAUAUCAAAAAGUUCACCGUCCAACCAACCGGUGCUAUCUUUGCAUGUGACAUUAUGAUUCACGUUUCAUUGCAGCCGAAGUAUGGGCCUUUUCUUGUCUGAUCCUGAUGGGGGGAUAUUCCUGUGAUCACUUUGGUCGGUGUUGGUGUUUGAUUUCUCUCUUCUUCUGUUCACCCUUUCUUCCUUUCUUCCCUUCUCUUUACAUCUAUAGAGGGGACAUGUGAAACAGAAACUGUUUCCAAUUCUAAAUUCCCCUUCCCCCUGAUCUCGGUCCAAGUAUGAUUUAAUUCUUCUUUUUUGACAUGCGGCCAUAGCAUCUGUUCCUGUCUUGUUCCUGUACAUAGCUAUGCCGCGCUCUGGUUUUGCCAAUAGAACGUGUUUGGAUAACUAAUAUAAUGAUUCUUGGAAAUGAUACCAGAGGAUAUGUGAGAAG